UACGCAAAACAGAAGUACUUCCUCAUGCCCAUAAUCAUAUUAUGAGCACGAAAUUCUUUUCAACAUCAGCAGUGGCGUGUAUUCUGAUUUUUGCUUCAUGUUCAGUCUCGACAUUCGAUGUUGAAAACGAAAGCCAGGAAGCAUCCAAUCCAGUGAUGCUUGAGCUGUACGAUAGACAAAUGCAAGAAGCAUUUGGGGAGCUGAACCUUGGAAAAGAAUAUUUUGAAGGUGACAUAUUAUUAACAAAUUACCAAAGAGACAGCCUCCAAAACUACUGGCAGAGCACGGUCGAUGACAAAUCAGAGGAAACGGAUUUCGUAAAGAAUGGUUUUCGACAACUUUGGCUCAACAGUACGGUUCCAUACACCAUAGCACCAAAAAUGCGCGAGGAGAGUCUAACAAACAUCCGUGCAGCUAUUAAGGAAUGGCAAGACAGGCUUUGUAUAGUUUUCAAGGAACGGAGGUUUGAGGAUGACUAUGUGGAGUUUGCCUAUGAGGGAGGUUGCUCUUCAAGUAUCGGCCGCAUUGGAGGUCGUCAAGUCAUAUCUGUGGGAUCUGUUGGAACUGAAUAUGCAGAUGUGUCCUGCAGGUCUCCUACGCCUUACGGAAGCAACGUGACUAUCUCGUGUAGUAAAGGGAGCAUAUUGCACGAGAUUGGGCAUGCGCUCGGCUUCUACCACGAACACAAUCGACCGGACCGUGAUAUGUACGUUACAGUAGUUUGGGACAAUGUGAUGCCUGGAUGUAGAGUCCAUUUUAGGAAAGAGCGUUUCAAGACGAUUUAUGGACAGGAUGUCCCAUACGACUACAAUUCCGUGAUGCACUAUGGUUCUUUCUUUUUUGCCCGAGAGAGAGGCAUGAGGACUUUACACGCAAAGGUUAAAGGUGUAGACAUUGGACAAAGAGAAAGACUAAGCACUUUGGAUAUUCAGAAAGGAAGGAUGCUGUACCAGUGUGAUAACGAAAGGGGAUCGAAGGUGGUUGGAGUCAAGUAAUGUGAGUCUGGCCAGUAUUCGAAAAAAUGUGUGAAGGACAUCGAAAAACCUGAAUUUGGAAUUAGCUCAGACAUUGUGGAGCCCAUUAUGCAUGAGGAUUUAGGAGACAGGCUGUUAAAGUUAACGCUUUCAAUUAAAACUUAAACCUCACUAAUAUUCUGUAAUUAAAGUAUGACUGAAAUUAAACACUCUUUCGCCAUUUCAGCUUUAUCAUUCGGCCUAGGAGAUAAAUUUCCUAUUCGAAAAAAUUCAGUUUUAGUAAAUGUUUGUUAAUACAAAAAGUUAAAUGUAGGCAAU